AUGAAAAACAUGAACUGGAUGGCCAAUUACACUGGAGAGUCUGAUUUCAUCCUGGUGGGAAUCUUCAGUCAAUCAAAUCACCCAGCUCUCCUGUGUGUGGUCAUUUUUGUAGUUUUCUUGAUGGCUUUAACUGGGAAUGCUGUCCUGAUUCUUCUGAUACAUUUUGAUGCUCACCUCCACACUCCUAUGUACUUUUUCAUCAGCCAGUUGUCUCUCAUGGAUGUAAUGUACAUUUCUAUCACUGUGCCCAAGAUGCUCAUAGACCAGAUCAUGGGUAUAAGUAAUAUAUCAGCCCCUGAGUGUGGAAUGCAAAUGUUUCUCUAUGUGACACUAGCGGGUUCAGAAUGUUUUCUUCUAGCCACCAUGGCCUAUGAUCGCUAUAUGGCCAUCUGCCAUCCUCUUCAUUACCCUGUCCUCAUGAACCACAGAUUGUGUCUUCUACUGGCAUCUGGCUGCUGGUUUCUGGGAUCUGUGGAUGGAUUUAUGCUCACGCCCAUCACUAUGACGUUCCCUUUCUGCAGAUCCCGGGAGAUCCAUCAUUUCUUCUGUGAAGUCCCUGCUGUAAUGAAGCUCUCCUGCUCAGAUACCUCCCUUUAUGAGACAGUCAUGUACCUGUGCUGUGUCCUCAUGCUCCUCAUCCCUGUGACAGUCAUUUCAAGCUCCUAUUAUUUCAUCCUCCUCACCAUCCACAGGAUGAAUUUAGCAGAGGGUCAGAAGAAGGCCUUUGCCACUUGUUCUUCCCAUAUGACUGUGGUCAUUCUCUUCUAUGGGGCUGCUGUCUAUACCUACAUGCUCCCCACCUCCUAUCACACCUCUGAGAAGGACAUGAUUGUAUCUGUCUUUUAUACCAUCCUCACUCCUGGAUUAAAUCCUUUAAUCUACAGUCUCAGGAAUAAGAAUGUCAUGGGAGCACUGAAGAAAAUGUUGAAUGUGGGACCUGUUUUUCAAGAAACUAUAAAAUAG